AGUAGUAUAGUACUACUAAACUAAAUGCAGCAGCAUAACGUAAAACUUAUCAUUAUUAUUUGCAUUGCAACAAACAACACAAUGCAGCCUCACCGGAGAAGAUGUGGCCGGUCACCGGCGCCGGAGAAAGCAUCGAAGCAUUUUAUGAAAGCCAUACUACCCCCUCCUGAUCACACCAAAGAGAUACGAAUUCCAAAUGAGUUUAUAAAAAGAUUUGGAAACGAACUAAAGAAUGUUGCUACGAUUACUGUUCCUGAUGGUCGUCAUGAAUGGGAAAUGGGACUGAAGAAAUGUGGCGAGCACGUUUUCCUUAGCAACAAUUGGCAACAGUUUGCAGAAUACUAUUGUAUUUAUUAUGGUUGUUAUUUAGAUUUCAACUAUCAAGGGAAUUCAAAGUUUAAUGUUGUUAUAUAUGAUACAACUUCUGUUGAGAUUUCUUAUUCAUUCAAAACUCCAAGUACUAAUGGAGAUCAAAGGAUAAAGGGUCCCAACUCUGCUUCCAAAAGAGAAAAUUGUGCUGCCAGUGAAUUCAACCCAAAAAACCCAUAUUUUUAUUCAAAAUCCAACAGGGGCUUUUAUGCAUAUGUUCCUUCUAUUUUUGCUGAAAAGUAUCUGACGCUAAAGGUUCCGUUCAAGCUCCAAAAUUCUCAAGGAAAGCAGUGGGAAGUUUAUUGUGUAUUGCAUAACAAAGGAAAUUCGCAAAUGCGAAUAACCGGUGGAUUCGGUAAAUUUGCAAGGGAAAACAAUCUACUAGAGGGAGUUACAUAUGUGUUUGAGCUGAUCAAGAGAAAGCCUGUUGUUGUGCUACAAGUUACAGCGAUUUGCACGCCUCCACAGGGAAGGUCUGUCCAGUCAAUGACAGAAAAGGAAGUAAGGGAAUCCAAACAUUUCAAGAAGGCCAUACUUCCCUCGCCCAUUCAUGACAAAGAGAUAAGAAUUCCUGAAGACUUUAUAACAAUGUUUGGGAAUGAACUCGAGAAAGUUGCUACAGUUACAGUUCCCGAUGGUCGUGAUUGGAAAAUGAGAUUGAAGAAACGCGGCAAUGACAUUUUCUUUUCCAACGAAUGGGAAGAGUUCGCAAAAUACUAUUCAUUAGGGUAUGGUUGCUACCUAUCUUUCAAAUACGAAGGGAAUUCAAAGUUUAGUGUUAUUAUAUUUGACGUAACUUAUGUUGAGAUUUGUUAUCCAUUAAAAACUCCAAGUGUUAAUGGAGAACCAAACACAAAAUGUGCUAGUCCUACGAAAAGGUCCAAGGUUGAAACAAGUGAGUGUCAUGGGAAAAAGGCCAAAAGCGUGUCUAAACAUGCUUCUACAAGAGCAGAGGUUGCUGCCAAUGAAUUCAAACCAAAAAACCCUUAUUUUUGUUCAAUAAUCGCCAAGCAGAAUUAUACGUAUAUUCCUCGUGAUUUUGCUGAAAAGUAUUUGAAACCAAAGGUUCCUACAAAGCUCCAAAAUUCUGAUGGAAAACAGUGGGAAGUGUUUUGCGUACCGAAUACUGUCGGAUCAUCGUCGAUGCGAAUAGUGAAGGGAUUUUCUAAUUUUGUAACUGACAACAAUCUGUCACAUCGAGAUUAUUGUGUGUAUGAGCUCAUCAAGAAGAAGCCGGUUGUGCUAGAAGUCACAAUGUUUCGUGCGGUUGACUAUCUUGACUAACGAUAUGUGCUUCCUUUCAGCUGUGAUGAAUGAGGCGUGUUGUUGCAACCUAUGAGUAGUUUUGGUACCAACUAGUAACAGGCACUUCUGCACUUGUGUAUGUUGUGUUUGAUUGUUUUAAUAUUAUGUUUUUGCUUUUUGGAUCAUGAAGCAUCGUCGGAGAUUAGAACCCUACCAGCAGCGUGAAGAAUUGUAGGAUGAAUGUUAAGAAAGCAUAUUUAUGAGAAUCGACUAUUGUUUAAUAUUUUAUUUUUUUGCUUA